AUGGACGUUCUGCGGCCCACCCUGAUAAGGAUUGGGGGGCGAGUAUACAGGAAGAAUCUCGUCCAGGAGCAGGCCUACCAGCACGAGGAGGAGGAGGAGGAUUUCUUUGCAGGCCCCGGUGAUUGCGCAGAUGAACCCUGUGAUGCUUUUGUGGUGGAAGAGACUGAGAAAGGCUUCCAGUGCAGAGUGGAAGUUCCCAGCCCGUUAUACAAGUACAUCAUUGGGAAGAAAGGGGAAACGAAGAAGAGACUAGAAACAGAGACUCGAACUUCCAUCAGCAUUCCCAAGCCUGGAGUAGAAGGAGAAAUUGUGAUUACAGGGCAGCAUCGCAGUGGUGUCGUCUCUGCGCGAACGCGGAUCGAUGUUCUCCUGGACAGCUUCCGUAAGAAGCAGCCCUUCACACACUUCCUGUCCUUCGCUCUCAACCAGCCUGCCAUCCAGGAGAAGUUCCUGCAGUUCAAGGAGGAAGUGUUGGAGAAAUGCUCAAAG